UUUGGUUAAAAUUUUCAAUCAACAUAAAAUUAAAUAUCUAGUAUUUGGCAUGGAAGUUUAAUUCAAUAGCAGCAGAAAAGAGAAAUUCAGUCGCUAUAUUUCUCUUUUUGUUUUUUAGUUGAACCCUUGAGCUUUCUAUGGCAAUUGUAGCCCACCAACAAAACAAUGAACUUUAAAUUUAGGGUAAAUUAAGCUCACCUCCCUCUACUUAGCUAAAAGUUCAAACAGCUCCUUUGGAAGAAUAUCAUUUACCUCCCCUGACAUGAUGUCCGUCCUCGUCAAAUUUGGUCAUGCUGUUAACUGAUGAUGUCAGCCUGUUGAGAACCGAAAGUCCAAAUUUCCCUCUGUUGACAAAAGACCUAUUUAACCUUGAAAAUAGUCAAAACACUGAUUUACUAAUUGCUGUUAUAUUACCUUUCGACCAUGGAGAUUAAUAAACAAUGCUCCAAUUCAUCUCUGUCAGUGUUGUAAUUUACAGGGAAUCCACCAACACCCACCCUUUCACCAAAUUGCUCCAUUCACAAUACUAUCACAAUAAACAAGAACAAGCCCUGAAUCGCCAGUUUGAACCCACCCACCCCUGUAAAUUGAGUAUACACCGAUUCUGAUAAAGAAAUCCCCAAAAAUGGUGUCAAAUUGCAUACCCAGGUACACGAAAUAUCAACCGGCUGGUGGUGACAAUGAUUGCCUUAUCAAUCACAACGGUGGACUGUGAGAUCGAGCUGUGACGGAGAGGCGAAGAGAGAGAAAGGAUAAUGGCGAGCAAAAUUAGGGUUUGGUAGGCGAUGUCGGUCCAAAGACCAAACCAAGCCCUCCUCACAUAAUAUUUCACAUAAUCACCAAUGGACUUCUCAUCUUCCUCAAACAUAUAAUAACAAUCUCUUUUAUCUUCUGGGUAGUCUCAUUCUCUACCCCAUGCUCCCUGCACGUCUGCUUUGUCUUCUUUCUUAUACUCUGUGCCCGUCUCCUCCACCUUGCUCUUCCUUCCUUCGCCUUGUAGACCACUGACCCAUCUUCAGUUUGAAAAUGGUGUUUUUGGUUUAAAAAGAAGCCGAGGUCAUUGUUACUCAAUUUCUUUUCCUUCUGUACUCUAUUUCUUGGGGUCUAUUGGCUCUAUAACACAUACGUUGAUGUUUUAAGAUGUAAGAGGUGAAGAAGAUGUCACCCUGAUUGCGUGACUCGUAGGGUGAAUUUGGCGAUGUUGGUGAGGUUGAGGGAGCUGUUUGAGCUUUUAGCUAAUGAGAGGGGAGCAUGAUGUGGAUGCUGGUGAACUGAAGAAAGUAAUCUUAGCAGUUUUCUUCAAUUGGGUUCCUCCUCCUUUGAACCAUUUUGAUUGGUUUUGCAGUGCAGUUUAUCAGAAGUUCCUUUUCAUGGAUUUUUGAGUCUCACUUUUGUGAUGAAAAAUCUUCAAAAGUUUGUAUAAAGGUUACUCCAACUCUCUGCAUUUCCUCUCUGGCCUUUUAGCUAUUAUGCCCACCAAUUGUACACCGUAAUUAUUAAGAAACAUUGAAUCCAGAAAUGGAAGUUAUUUCUCCAAAAUCAUAUCAUUGGAAUUUGAAUUGGCUGUUUGAGGAAAGCAAGGGAACAAAAUGGACACCUCAAGAGAACAAGCAGUUCGAGAGAGCUCUCACCUUGUUCGAUAAGGAUGCGCCAGACGGAUGGUACUACAUUGCAGCCAUGAUUCCUGGGAAGACCGUUAGCGAUGUGAUGAAACAGUAUAGGGAACUGGAAAAAGAUGUUAAUUUGUCAGCUAUUGGAACAUCCACUGAGGCUGUUGCAUAUGAAGAAACAAGAGUGAGAAGAAGAUCAAAUAUGUACUUCAGAGGAGUAAGACAGAGGCCAUGGGGGAAAUGGGUAGCAGAGAUAAGGGACCCAUGCAGGGCUGCAAGGGUUUGGUUAGGUACAUUUGACACAGCAGAGGCGGCAGCUCUAGCCUACGAUGAAGCUGCCCUGAAAUUUAGAGGCAACAAAGCAAAACUCAACUUCCCUGAAAGGGUCAUGUGUGUGUCAUCUAUCCAAGUUUCUCCGAAGACCCUGUUGCACCAGGAAAAUGGUAGCCCAUCAGCAAUGGUGGAGAUAGCAGAACAUCUUCUAGAACAAGAUGAAGAAUACAAUCUCAACAAUUUCAAGAAAGAUAUGCCGGGUGCAGAUCAUCUUAUUAAUCAGCAACUAAUAGUUGAAGUAGGUGAUGUCAACAAUGGAAGGAAUGUUGUUAAUGCAGAGCGAAAUAACAAUUUUAUUUCUUGUUCAGAUGAGGCUCUCAUGAAUGAGGAACAUGCAUCAUUUCAAUGCCAAAAUACUAGAACUCCAUCUGGACCUAGACUCUUACAUGAUGGACAAGAGAUGAUGGAACCACAUUCAUCAAAUCAGCAACUAUUAGUUGAAGUUGAUGAUAUCAACAAUGGAAGGAAUGUUGUUAAUGAAGAGCGAAAUAACAAUCAUGCUUCUCGUUCAGAUGACGCAGAUUCAAUCACUUAUGAGGAGCUCAAAAAACAUUUCGGAAAGAAACUUGAAGAUGUUGCACAGAUUUUUAGUGUGAGCAGAUCUACAUUUAAGCGUAUUUGCAGAAAAAAAGGAAUCCACCGCUGGAAGCAAGGUAAGAGAAAUAAGGUUAACAACUUGGCAUCUAGACGAGACCCUCCAUGUUCUGAUUUGCCUGCUGAGAAACUCGUGACUACGGUUGCUCACAUGACUUCACUUGUAACGCCACCACAUGAAGUAAAGACCAUAACUAUAAAGGCAACAUAUAGAGAUGAUAUUAUAAAAUUUCAACUACCGUCGUCAUCAAGAAUGGUGGAGUUGGAAGAGGAAGUCUCCAAGAGGUUAAAGUUUAGUGUUGGAACUCAUAAGAUCAAAUACACAGAUGAUGAUGGCGAUCGGAUUUUAAUAGCCUGUGACAAGGACUUGCAGGAAUGUAUGAGUGCUUCCAAUUCAUUGGGCAUGAAAACAAUCAAAAUGUUCAUUGAGCCAAUUACCCAAAUAUAAGGAAUCAACUUUCUCUUCAA